CUCCCUCCCUCCCUCGGAUCAUCUCACCGCUUCAGUUCUCGUCUCUCAAGUGCUCCGCCUUCGCCGUCGCCUUCUUCCACGCCGGCGCGCUCGCCGGCGUCUUCCGUCGUACCAUGCAGAGCUUCUUCGGUCGCGCCAGCAGGAACCAGAGGACAUUCAGGCCCAAGAAGAGUGCUCCGGCAGGGAACAACGGCAUGAAGCUGAAGAGGCACAUCGACGCCACCCUCGGCAGCGGUAACCUGCGAGAGGUGGUCCGCCUGCCAGUCGGAGAGGACCUCAACGAGUGGCUCGCUGUCAACACUGUCGACUUUUUCAACCAAGUGAACAUCCUGUACGGCACCCUCAUGGAGUUCUGCACGCCAGCUACUUGCCCCACCAUGUCAGCCGGUCCAAAGUAUGAGUACAGGUGGGCCGAUGGAGUCAAGAUCAAGAGGCCCAUUGAAGUGUCCGCACCAAAGUAUGUCGAGUACCUGAUGGAUUGGAUCGAGGCCCAGCUCGAUGAAGAAUCCAUCUUCCCGCAAAAGCUUGGAGCUCCCUUCCCUCCAAACUUCCGGGACGUCAUCAAGACGAUCUUCAAGCGGCUGUUCAGGGUGUAUGCGCACAUAUACCACUCGCAUUUCCAGAUGAUUCUCAAGCUCCAGGAAGAAGCACAUCUCAACACCUGCUUCAAGCACUUCAUGCUCUUCACAUGGGAAUUUCAGUUAAUCGAUAGGGCAGAGCUAGCUCCUCUCAGGGAGCUGAUCGAGCCCAUAUUAGUUGGACACUAGCCGAGAAGACAAUUGGAGCUUUGUUUCAAGAACUGGUGAAGCAAAAGUGCGGAGACAUCAUAUUUUGUUGCUUUUUAAGUUAGUUAGUUUCCCCAGCCUGUGCAUGCGCGUUUCUGUUUUUGUGAUGAUGUUAGACUUGGACACGGACUACCUUCAUCUACAUUUUAGAGAUAGGUUAGCUAGUGCUAGUGUAUGUACUCAGACUCUCCCAAGGAGGUGUUGAUUGCAACUUGGCAAUUUGUUCAUUUCGGCGGAUUUUCAUUUGAUCCGGGGAA